AUGCUGCUGGGCGCGCUGUGCAGCAGGGGGGAGCUGUUGGCGGACGAAGCGGUGCGCUCCCUGAUCCUCUCUGCGGCCGACGACGUUGCGCGGCGGCUAGCGCCCGGCGGCGCGGUCGGGCCGGAGGCGGCGGCGGGGCUGGCGCUCGCGUUCGCGCGCGCGGUGCAGCACGGCUUGCUGGCGGGCCGCGGGCCGGGGCUGGUGGACCAACUGCUGCAAGUGGCCGCGGCCGGCGUUGGCGGCAGCGGCGGCGGCGGCGCCGCGCUGCCGCCGCGCGCGGCGCGGGAGGUGCUGGCCGCGCUGGAGGCGGCCAGCGUGGAGGGGCCGGAGGGGCUGCGGGCGGCGGCCGAGGCGGCGCUGGGAGCCGAGGGGGCGGCCGCGCGCGGCGCGGCCGGGCGCGGCGGCGGCGAGGGCGGGGGUCUCAUGGAGGCUUGGGAGUCGGUCUGA